CUCCUCCCCAACCUCCAGAGCGAUGAUGAAGAGAUCCAGGGAGCCCCAAGCACUGGCAUGGAUGGGGUCUCUGGCAGGCCUCAGCUUAGAGCUUGUGGCAAGGCAGCCUGGAAAGUGUUGCAAGGAAAGCAUUUGCUUUGUGGAAUGUUGAAAAUGCAGCAUCAUCCUCUCUGCUCCCUUUUCUUUGGCCAAAAGACAGAAUUCCAGGGCACGGGGCUCUAAGAGGAGCUUGAAAUCUGCCCUCUGGAGGAGGCGUGGAGCCCCUCCCUCCUAGGCUCUGAUGGUCCCUGCUCCCGCGGGCCAGCAGCUCCAUCACCCUUUCCUCUUCCAUUCACUCCAGCCGGGAAGAGAAGGAAAACAAAACUCUAAAAAUAACUGUCAGCAUCUUAAAAAGAGAAAAGCUUCGCUGCCACCACCACCACCACCACCCCCCUCUUCUACUCCCGCCCUCCCUCCGCGCCACGGGGCACAUGUCUGCUUCUUACAACACCGCGAGGCACAUGGUCCCAGUGAGACACCGAACCCCAUCGGGACAGAGAGGAAAUCCACAUCUGUGGGACGCUCCGCACAGAACCGCCACCUCCAGCGAGGGAGGCCGGGGGGACUGCAGCAGCGACAUGAAGAAGGGCUAGAGCUAGGGGACGCGGCUCAUGCGACGGCCGGGAGCGCCUGCGAGCUGGAUCUGGUGGAGGAUGCUGCGGCAGGUGCUUCGCAGAGGGCUCCAGUCAUUCUGCCACAGGCUGGGCUUGUGCGUGAGCCGGCACCCGGUCUUUUUCCUCACCGUGCCGGCAGUCCUGACCAUCACCUUCGGCCUCAGCGCGCUCAAUCGCUUCCAGACCGAGGGCGACCUGGAGCGCCUGGUUGCUCCCAGCCACAGCCUGGCCAAGAUCGAGCGCAGCCUAGCCAGCAGCCUUUUCCCCCUGGACCAGUCCAAAAGCCAGCUCUAUUCGGACUUACACACCCCUGGGAGGUAUGGCAGGGUGAUCCUCCUCUCCUCACCCGGGGACAAUAUUUUGCUCCAGGCUGAGGGGAUCCUGCAGACCCACCGAGCCGUGCUGGAAAUGAAGGUGAACCACAAGGGCUAUAAUUAUACUUUUUCCCAUCUAUGUGUAUUGAGAAAUCAGGAUAAGAAAUGCGUGCUGGAUGAUAUUAUUUCAGUGCUAGAGGAUCUCAGGCAGGCUGCCGUCUCCAAUAAGACAACAGCCAGGGUGCAAGUAAGGUAUCCCAACACUAAAUUAAAGGAUGGGAGGAACAGUUUUAUUGGACACCAGCUGGGCGGGGUAGUGGAAGUGCCAAACAGCAAAGACCAGCGGGUCAAGUCAGCCAGAGCCAUUCAAAUCACCUACUACCUCCAGACCUAUGGUUCUGCCACUCAAGACCUCAUAGGGGAGAAGUGGGAGAAUGAGUUCUGUAAGCUUAUGAGGAAGCUCCAGGAGGAGCAAAAAGACCUCCAACUGUACUCUCUGGCAUCUUUUAGCCUCUGGAGAGACUUUCAUAAGACCAGCAUCCUGGCCAGAAGCAAGGUCCUGGUGAGCCUUGUGUUGAUCCUGACCACGGCCACCCUGUCCAGCUCCAUGAAGGACUGCUUGCGCAGUAAGCCCUUCCUGGGCCUCCUGGGGGUGCUCACGGUAUGCAUUUCCAUCGCCACUGCCGCCGGGAUCUUCUUCAUCACUGAUGGGAAGUACAACUCCACCCUGCUGGGAAUCCCUUUCUUCGCCAUGGGUCAUGGAACUAAAGGAGUAUUUGAGCUUCUGUCUGGAUGGCGGAGAACCAAAGAGAAUUUACCCUUCAAAGACAGGGUGGCAGACGCCUAUUCGGAUGUGAUGGUCACCUACACCAUGACCAGCUCCCUGUACUUCAUCACGUUUGGUAUGGGGGCCAGCCCCUUCACAAACAUAGAGGCAGUGAAGAUCUUCUGUCAGAAUAUGUGUGUCUCUAUUCUAUUGAACUACUUCUACAUUUUCUCUUUCUUUGGCUCUUGCCUGGUCUUUGCUGGACAACUAGAGCAAAAUCGAUACCACAGCAUCUUUUGCUGUAAGAUCCCUUCUGCAGAAUACUUGGACCGCAAACCUGUGUGGUUCCAGACAGUAAUGAGUGAUGGGCACCAACAGACAUCCCAUCAUGAGACAAACCCUUACCAGCACCAUUUCAUUCAGCACUUCCUCCGAGAACAUUACAAUGAAUGGAUUACCAAUAUCUAUGUGAAGCCAUUUGUGGUCAUCCUGUAUCUCAUUUAUGCCUCCUUCUCCUUCAUGGGGUGCUUGCAGAUCAGUGAUGGAGCUAGCAUCAUCAACCUACUAGCCAGUGACUCCCCAAGUGUUUCCUAUGCCAUGGUUCAGCAAAAAUAUUUCAGCAACUAUAGUCCCGUAAUAGGAUUCUAUGUCUAUGAACCCCUUGAAUACUGGAACAGCAGUGUCCAGGAGGAUCUGCAGAGGCUCUGUAGUGGGUUCACUGCAGUGUCCUGGGUGGAGCAGUACUAUCAGUUUCUGAAAGUCAGCAACAUCAGUGCCAAUAACAAGACUGACUUCAUCAGUGUCCUACAAAGCUCGUUUUUAAAAAAGCCAGAAUUCCAACAUUUUCGGAAUGAUAUCAUUUUCUCUAAGGCGGGGGAUGAAAACAACAUCAUUGCUUCUCGCUUGUAUCUGGUGGCCAGGACUAGCAGAGACAAGCAGAAAGAAGUCAUAGAAGUUCUGGACAAGUUGAGGCCCCUGUCUCUCUCAAAGAGCAUCCGGUUCAUCGUGUUUAACCCUUCCUUUGUUUUCACAGACCAUUACAGUUUGUCAGUCACUGUGCCUGUUCUGAUCGCAGGCUUUGGGGUUCUCCUGGUGUUAAUCUUGACUUUCAUCCUAGUGAUCCAUCCUCUGGGAAACUUCUGGCUCAUUCUUAGCGUCACCUCAAUUGAGCUGGGCGUUCUGGGCUUAAUGACCUUGUGGAAUGUCGACAUGGAUUGCAUUUCUAUCUUGUGCCUUAUCUACACUUUAAAUUUUGCCAUUGACCACUGUGCACCACUGCUUUACACGUUUGUAUUAGCAACUGAGCACACCAGAACACAAUGUAUAAAACGCUCCCUGCAAGAGCAUGGGACAGCCAUUUUGCAAAACAUUACUUCUUUUCUUAUUGGGUUGGUCCCCCUCCUAUUUGUGCCUUCAAACCUGACCUUCACACUGUUCAAAUGCUUGCUGCUGACCGGGGGUUGCACGCUUCUGCACUGUUUUGUUAUCUUACCUGUGUUUCUAACCUUUUUUCCUCCUUCCAAAAAGCACCACAAGAAAAAGAAACGUGCCAAACGAAAGGAGAGAGAGGAAAUCGAAUGCAUAGAAAUCCAAGAGAACCCUGAUCAUGUCACCACAGUUUGAGGGUGGAGACUUUUCCUUUUCCAGUGUUGCACAACGAUACAGGGCAAGUCAAGCUCAGACCUCAGCUGCUUGGGCUGGCCAGGGGUAACAAGGCAAGUCAGAUCAAGAGUGUAUUCUUCAUGACAUGUCCAAGGGUCUGCUUCCUGUGGGGGAGGGGGGAGAGGGACUGAAAGGAGGGAAAGUUCUUUGCAACCUUAUUCUCCAUGAGAGAAGAAUUUCCAGAUACUGAUCUUAGAGCUUUUCCAAGGAAUGGAUGGAUCAUACGUUAAGACAGAAGGCUGAAAGAGCUAAGGAUUCAAAAGCAAUGCUUAGAAGAAAUGGAGAAGAGAGGUGGUGGUCUCCAGAUAGGGGGAAAGACAUAGGAAAUGUCUAAAUUGCCAUGUCACUUUUCAUGUUUGUUUUUUGAACAGGUCAGUCAAAGGAAACCUAUGCACAUGGGAAGUACAUAUUUAAUCCUGUCUAAACCAAAGGACCACCCAAUCCAUUUUGUGUGUACAUAUAAGUAUAUAGACACUUAUACUUGUCUUUAGCGUACAUUGGUGUUUGGGUGAAGAAAGGUGUCCAUUUGCAGAUAAGGCUGGCCUUUCUCUAGAAAGUCAAAUCAGCUUUAGCCAAAUAUAUAAGCUCACUAGGGGAGAUGCAAAAUAUAUAAAUGGCCACUUAAAAUCAACUCAACUGUCUAGACAGCAAGAGUGUUUUCAACUGUGUGAUUAAAAAAAAUAAACAGAAAUUUGAAUCCAUUAAAUUCUACAUGUCAUGUUGUUGGUCAUUGAGAUUCUAACUUUGGGACGACUUCACAAAAACAUUAAAAGGUAUUUGAGUUAGUGAGCAUGUGGACAGAUGUUUAAAACUUAAAAUAGUUGAGAUGGCUUAUCAUUAGCCUUUAACAUUUCUGUGUAUUUGGAAGGCCAGCAUGGCUGCUCUUGGAUAUCUCACCCACCUGCAAAUGAGCACUUUAAGCAUAUUGUCCUUGUAUACAUAUGUAAGGGUACACAGUAUAUGUGUGAGAGAGAAAGGAAGAAUGAGAUAAUAUUCCACAGUUACACGUUCUUAUUUUAGAUGAUGAAAGUACACGGCUGUGGCAGACAGCAAUUAACACAGGAAAAAGAAAGUGCACAGGAAACUCAGAGAGUAAAAUGGGCCAAUGCUAUUCAUCAUCCCAACAUCAAACAGUCCUUAGUCUAAGAAAAACUUGUCAACUCUAUAGACUCUACUAUGUUCCUUGGAAUAAAUUUGGAGCAUUAACCCGGGCCACGAUCACUAUGGCUGCAGCAUCAUUUUGUACUUUCUUGCAGUUAUCAUUGUCUUGUUAACUAGAAAGUAAGCUCCUACAGGAAGCAUAGCUCUCUGCAGGGGCCAUACUAACCAUGUGUAAUUGCUGCUGCAUUCUUUAUAUUUAAAAAAAAUGUACUGAGGUAAUGUUUCCAUUGAGUUAGUGUUUAAAUCUGUGCCCUAGGCAGGUACUCAGCCUGCUGGGUACUUACAUGGACUAAGGCUGUUAUUCAUGUUGGAGAAAGUUACUAGAAAAUUCCUUUUCCCUGCCGUGUAGGGACCUAAGGAGCAAUUUAUUUCCAGGUAGAAUAAAACAAAAGCUCAACGAUGACGCAGUCUGCUAACAAGUUCUUCCUCCCAAAGAAAGCUGAUAUUUCCCACCCACGUGGGUUGUAUAAUUUAACUGCAUUGGUAAUAUUAAUACCCUUAAAAGGCAAACCAUUACUAGAACUCUUAGAAAAUCCCAUUCCUUUUACAGUGUUUGGAAAUGAUGUUGAUAGAUUCAUGAAGCAAGAGCUCUGCUUUGAUAAGCCAUGCAGAUUUUAAAAUGGACAUCUGUUAAAUAAAAUUUCAGUUGAUGGAAUGGCAUUUGUUCUAUUCUACCUUAAGACCACUGUGUUUCAAUGUCUCCCUGACUGUGAGUGCAAUAACUAUAGAAUUAAGUAGGGAACAUAACUGCCUAUAGCCACAUUUGAUGUUUUCUCUGUAUCUGUAAAAUCAUGUCACAGUUAAGGCCAGCCUUUCAUCUCAUGAACUUCUGCACAAAGGAAAACUGGCUUUCAAAUAGUUGACCUCCAGGCCAUGAUCUUAUAUUUGAAGUUGAAUUUUCUGAGCAGUCUUUGGAGUUGGAGAACAGAAUUCCUCUUUCGCAGUUCCUCAACAUUUAUGAAGAUUGCUAUCAUUCGCAUCUGUUUGUAAAGACGGCCACUAAGACACUGAGGAUCCAUGUCACUCCAUUUCUGGCUGUAUUCAGUGGUACUCCAUUCUUUCACCUAUUUUGUAUUUAAUAUUAACUUAUUUGAGUUUUAUAAUUACGUUAAAUCAUUUCAGAAGCAAAGACAAACAAACAAAAUGAUUGCCAAGCUAAUUGGCCUUGCCAAUUGCCAGAUUUAUGGGAGUACAGCCACAUAUUCUGCCAAACCAAUAAUUUUAAUCUCUCCCAAUGCACUUGAAUGGGAAAAGACUUGUUCAUGUGUUAGAUAAUGUCUUCAAGGAUCAAAUGUGUAGUAUAAAUAGGAAUUUCUCAUUGUCCAACUGGCUAGAGAGGUAGCAUUUUAGAAGAGAUGUUAUCUUCUCCAGAACACCGUGAUUUUCUCUAAGGAAUUGUAGCAAUAAUUAACUGAAAUGAAACUCCAUGUUCUGGAAGAGUAAUAGAAUACCCAAAAUGCCUUGACUUGGUCUUUGGAAGUAGUUUGAGCCCAGAAAAAUCUCACCAAGCGUCAUCCAAACCUUCCAACCUCACUGUGAAGCAGAUAUUUCCAAAAAUUCCUUUACUGUGUAUCAAGUUGCACCCUAAAAUAUGAGAUUAUGAUUUGGAGGUAACCCUCCAUUCUCAACAAUUUCUGGUAGCUUGUAUACUCCCCUCUCUAGUUUUUAAAGUUUAUGCUCAUUUUGUCCAUUUGUGAAAUAUUGAUGGUAUUCAAGUUAGGAAUUUAACUACUAUCAAACAGUGGACCAUUCAAACACUAGAAGUAAUCAGUGGAAAAUCUUUUAGAUUUGUGGAAUAUUUUACUUUACUGCAAUGCAUUUUUCCUUAAAAUGGGAGAUUUUUAAAAACUUGUGAACCCCACAGGUUUUCUUGUUUAAAUUGGACUGUGUCCCCAUCAGAAUGUCAUUUAUGUUCUACUUUCCUCAAAGAGAAACUCACCUAAAUUAUCAGACAAGAUUUAUCUAAAUGUUCCAUGGGUUAACUUACAUCAUGUGUAAGUCUGUUGAAAGAAUGUGUCCUUAUGCAUUGUCCUGUGAGUUCUUGCGGUGAUCACAAACCUCUUUGAAGGCUGUGCAUGAAUAGUCUUUCUCCCAGUUGACUUCCAUUUAAUUUCCACAGAAAUAAUUCACGUUUUAUCUUAUGUUGUGAAAGGAAGAAUUGUGAUACACAAAGCUCCUAUGAUGCUAUAAUAGCCAUUCUUGUACGUUGAACUUGAGUGUAAGAGCUAUGUCCAUUCUGUAAUUAUUCAUUGCACUUUACCAUAACAAGCCAAUCCUUCUAGACUAGAGCUGGGGAUUAACUAUUGCCAUUCAGAAUGUGUGUGUAUUUUUAUACAUUGACUGUAAAUAUUGUCGUUACAGUCAGAUAUUUUUAUAACCAAAUAGUUAUAAAUGCAUGGCACAAUGCAUGCAUGGUUACUAAUAGUAUGUAGAUUAUUAAAGACAAUGUUUUCAGGGUUAUUACACGUUUUAUUAAAAUUUUCAUAUCCCCUAUCAUAAAUGUCUCAUAGGAUUUUGGUCACAAAGGCCUAAAGUCCACAGAAAACUUCAUACUAAGGGAAGCAAUCAGAAAAUUGCCUUCUCAUAGUGUCAACAGCAGCUGCCUGCACUAAGAUGGCCAUGGCUCUGGUCUCUUGGGUAAAGGACCAGGCAGAGUCUGCAUUAGCUAGUGAUUAAACAUACUUACAUGCCCUGGGUUUGCUAAGGUCAGAGUCAACCAGAAGCUAUCACACCUUAAGAAUGGACUUGUGAUGUUGUCUCCUGGGACUGGAGAAUUCUGUGAGUUACUCUUCCCAGAGGGAAGUCUAUGUUCAACCAGUUUUGUUGCUGUUUUCACAGUGUUCUGAUAAUGCUUUCAAAGGUGACCCUGAAAGUUUUCAUUUAUUUCAAGGGAAUUACAAGAUCACUUUCAUUCUCUUAAAAAAAAAAAAGACAAAAUUCUUGCUCUUCCUGUUUACAAAACAAAAACAAACAAACAAAAAACAGCAACAAACAGUUAUGGCAAAUUUUUACGGCAUCAAAUCAAAACAUCUACAGCUCAGUUAGUAUGCCCUUGAAAUCUCCCCAUCUCAAAUGUAAACAAAACUCUGCAUCAUCUCUGUAGCAGGCACUUAUGCCAGCCUUAUUCCAUCGGCAAUGAUCUGCAGAUACACUGCACAUACAAUAAUUACAUUUUCUUUUAUAGCUUUUCUUUAGAAAUGACUGCAGCGACAGUGACAAAAAUCAAAGGCAUUUUCAUGACAUUCAGCACACAGGUGCUGCAUGUGAACGUACUCACACUUCCAUUUCUGUAUCCGAUGACCCAUGUUCAUCUAUGUCGUGUUGUAGACAGGAAAGCAAGAGGUACUGCUCUGGGUUUCAAAUGUUUUGGAAUUCAGGUCGAUGACAUUUGGAUGAAAUUGGAAGACACUGAAAGACAGACAAGGCUACCUCUAAGAAAUCGAGAGAGUGUGUGGGUGUAAUAGGAAGCGUGACAUCACUGAAGUCCUUACAUACUAGACUUUAUAGGUUAGAAAAUAGCACAGAGGGUCAGAUGGUGCCUCAAAACUAGAGCGUCUUAACUGCUAGCAAACCUAGCUAUGUGCAACUAUAUCCCACUUGAAGAUCGCGCUCUUGUCUGGAAGAUUCAGACACUGAGCCUGAUUCUGGAUUUCUAAGCAUGACCAGAUAUGUAGACCCUUUUGUGAAUGAGAGCAAGAAGCUGAAGGACUCUGGGGAGAGACUUCAAAUUAACACCCGGGAAAGCAUUCAUUUUCCGGAUACUGUAAUACAUAUAAUGAUCUUGACCAUUUUCUAUGUAUUUAAUGAGGGCCUCCUCUAUAUUGUUGAUAAAGAAGUCAUUUGCUUUUCUUGUGAAAUGGAAAACAAUUCAAAGAAAGACUAUAUGGAACCAGUAUUGCAGAGUGUGUGGCUAAUGUAUUGAACACAUCUUAGCUCUUCUGCAUCCUUAGGUUGUCAAGAUAAUAGGAGCUUAGGCUACACAAGGAGCCUUUGCCAGAUAGGUAUUUUUAAUUCAACAAAAUAUUUAUAAAUAAGAUCAUUGAUAAUUUUGCACUUUUAUAAACUGUUGGAAUCCAGUCCCUACUAUUUCACCCAGCUGAAUUUUCCCUAAAAAAGCUGGCAUAGGUCAAACUACUUUUGAAAAUUCUAAAAAUCAAAAGGAAAGUUGAGAACAUGAAAGUAGGAAUGAUUCACAAGCUCUUGGUGAUUCUUGCUCCAUUUCUUGGGUUCCUGUUCAUCCAAGCAGGAGCUGGUAUUAGUCAUUCGUAAUUGUGUUCCACUUUGCUGUGUGGCUCAUGGCAUGCCUGAUAUGGUUUCCUUCCCCUUUGUUUUUACAGUUACUAAAGCGACUCCAUUAUCUCCAGGGCUCUCUCAAACCAGUGGAAAAAUAAGAGUUUUAAAUUUUUGGAAGAUUUCAUUGAAGAGUUUCCUGGAAAGUAUUAGGAGUGACCACCAUGGGUAAAAGAUAAGUGGAGCUUAUUACAAAUGUGUCACUUUCCAGUCCUGAAUAGAUUUAGUCCGGAUUCUUGGUAAAGAUUGUCCACAGCACACUGUGAGAAACAUUACAUUAUCUAAAUGUGAGAAGGGAGUAGAAUCUCCCAGUGGAAACUGAAAUCACUUCCACCAUCAGAGCUGGUAGAUUGCAAGUACUAACAGCCACAGUGAGAGACCUUGAAAAAGAAAAGAAGAAGCUUCUGUGGUCUUACAAGUCUGGUACAAUCUAAAACAUCUGUGUCUAUAUAGAUUCAGGAUAUCCCAGCAUCUUCUCUCCUCUGACAUAAAAGUCCGUUAUUGAAAUAUCCGACCUUCCGCUCAUCUGUGUGAAUAUUGCAAGGUAUCUGCAGAGCUUAUGCAACAAGCUUAUCUUAUGUUCCCAUUAAUUAUGCAUCUCCUUUCAGCAAUAGACUUCCUUGCUCUUAAGUAGGAAAUCUGUCACUGUUUGAAAAGGGCAGAGAUCUCACUAAGCUACCUCACAGGGAUACUUAAAGAUAAAAUGGCGUACAGCCUUUGACUAAAUGGUAAUAUAAUACAUUUAUUGCCCUUUUACUUUGUAAACUUGUACCAAGCUAGCUGCAAAAUGAACACCCAUGUGUGCAGCUUUACCUGUUCCUACCAUUUACUGUAUGCAUUCACCAAUAUGACAUCACUUGGGGAAGCUGUUCAGUUAUCUCUUCACAGACAUCCUGGAGAAUGAAAAUUAAUUCAGAAAGAGUAUUACUUUAGAAAGAGUAUUGCCUAGGAUUAACUUUGAGACAGCGGCCUGUCAGCAAGAUGCGUCACCAAAUGCUCUGUGACUAACUUCAAAGAGCAGCCCAUGUGCUCUUCCUUUCAGUGGACAGGAAAAAUCAAUCCAUGUCUUUAAUAAUGCUAAGCAAAUAUGAAACAAUAAAGAUAUAUUUACAUCCUAAGAUCUUUUCCCCCAGUAGGAAACUACUGUUCUCACCUAUCAGUUAGGAUUCUGAAACACUGGCUGAUGAAAUCAGUGAGGAGAAAAUUUCUAGGAAGGACCACCUCACCCUCAGACUUAAAAAAAAACCACAGGCGUGAAAGUAGAAACUGAGUGUUUUAUUUCUUUUCCUUUCCCAAAAGAAAUAUCCACUGGUUCACAAUCCUGGCUCAGUAAGACGCUAGUCUCUACAACAAAAUGAAGAAUGAAAACACACAUGGAAUUGUAAGGCUCCAGCAUCUUACCAAUACAAACCACAUGGCAAAAUACCACUGCCAGUCAGCUUUGGCCAUGAGAGUGAAUUUUUAAUACAAUAUUCUUUUUACAUAUAGGUUCUUUGCAUUCUUUUUGUAAAAAAAAAUAAAUAAGCCUUAUAUACCACUCCCAAGUUCCAACGAAUGGAUUAAAGACACCUGUUCCAGAGUUCUGCACACAGGGCUCCACCCCUAAAGCUACCUUAUUUACAGAAACUUGAAGGAAACAAAUUUGAUACCAAAAAGUGUGACUUAAUUUGUAGUUCAGUGUCAAUAUCUUCUCCAAAAUAGUGGAUUGCUCAAAUACACAUCUUAGAUCUUACUAAGAUGACUUUAGAAAGUCAUUCCAGUGUUUUCAAUUUGCCCAAAUUUUGUCAAUGUUCAAAAUUUAUAUGUAUUUCCAUUCUAGGCAAGCAAAAUAAAAUAAUUUAAAAGUGAGGUUUUUGUAACUGUCAUAGGAAUAAGUAAAUGAGAUUCUCUCUGGAUUUUCACCUAUAAAUGUACAUUCAAUAACUGAAUGAAUCUCACACCUCGAUAAAUAGAAACUGUAUUCUAAAUAUUCAUUUCAUUAUUAUUUUCAAAUUUUGGAUGUCUUGACUUCACAGUGUGACAUAGCAUAAGCCAUGCAUUUUAAAUGCUUCAUUAUAUAUAGAUAUAUGUAUGGUUUUAUUUUUGCUGUAUUGUUUCGUGAUGCUGGGUCUCAUUGUGUAGUCCUGACUGGCCUUGGACUCAGAGAUCCCCUACCUCUUUCUCCAGAGUACUGGGAUUAAAAACAUGGGCUACUACAUCUAGGCAGGGGUUUAGUCCCUAUUGGAGAUUUGUUUUCUUUGUUGUUUUUGCUUGCUUGUUAAAUAAUUUGAGAUGGGGGUCUUUCUAUGCAGCCCCAGCUGACCUGGAUCUCAGUGUGUAUCCUAGUCCUGACCUAGAACUCAUAAUCCCCAUGCCUCCCCAUCUUGCCAACCUCCCAGAUUCUAGGAUUACAGGUGUGCACCAUCACUCUUGGAUUUUUUCAUUCUCUGAAUUUUUAAGAAUAUUUUUAUUGGGGUUGGAGGGAUGGUUCAGCAGUUAAGAGAACUGAUCGCUUUUCCAAACGACGAGGGUUCAAUUUCCAGCACCCACAUGGCAGUUCAUAACUGUCUGUAAUUCUAGUUCUACGGGAUCUGACACCCUCACAGAAACAUAUAUGCAGGCAAAACACAAUACAUGCAAAAUUAAAAUAAAAGAAAAGAGAAAUAAUAUUAUUUAUUUAAAAUAAUACUAUGAUAUACAUCAGCCAGCCCUACAUAGUUAAGAUAAUUCACCAACCAAAGCAAAUUAACACAUCUUGGCAGUCUUAUAAGACAUUUUUAUGAAACCCUAAGUCCAUAAAUAUCUCUACAAUAUGUAAAGUAGGAAUCUAUUACCAAAAAUAGCCUCAAUCAUUGUACUAAUUUAAAAUCUGAAGUAAUGUGUAGUUGGCACAAAUAAAUUCUGCCCAAAAUUUAUUACAUUAUCUGAGCCAAUUCUCUCUGAAAUUUAUUGCAUCAUAGUGAAUUCCUGCAAUGACAAAAGGUCUAAAAAAAUGCUUUAAUUCAUCAUUUUUCUCACCACUCGAGAACACCAACAAUAACUAAGACAGCGAGCCCCUAGGCAGCAUGCAAGCUUAGAAAAGGAGACCUAUUACACUCCAGGGCAUACAGCUCCACAUCUGGAUGAAAUUACAGGCCUUCAGCAAUCGCUCCCAAGUCCUUCAAAUCAAGAAUUGUGAGGAAUACAUAGUUAGCCCACAUGCACGAGAAUCAAGUGCACCAAUCACAAAGUCAUAUUGAAACAAAUUAAGAGCACACAGCCCACAUCAAAGGCUAUCGCUACUAAGCCUUUGUCCUCAAUAAUGGCAUUUUCAGAAUUAGAGUCAUGUGCCUUGGAAUGUCUCAUUUUGGGCAACUUUUCACAGUUUUUUAAAAACAAAUAUGCUCUUGCUACUCCGGGGGAAAAGUUUUUAAUUUAUUCAUUAGCUGUUUCCCAUCUGGGAUUUAAUAUUUUUAUUUGUAAUUAACUUUCUUUUCCUCUUCGGGUAAAAUUAUUUUUCCAUGUAACAACUAAAAUGCUUUUCCUUUGGUUAAGAAUAAGCAUGUCUUGCAUGAAGUGAAGUCAGAAUUUAGCAAAAUAUAAGAUAGAUAUGUGAGCAUGCUUGCAAGCACACAAUUCAGAGAAAGUUUGCUCAUUGAUACUUUAUGUGCUUCAGGCAGAAAUUCCCCUCAUAGUUUAGUCUUAGAAGCUGCCACAACAUGGGGCAUUCCUCUUAGAGAACAUUCAGUAAUUAUAUAUUCAAUGAUAAAAGUUUUUUUUUUUAAAAAAAAGAACCCUGCAGCUUCUCACUUGUGAUCUAUGUGAAAAGUGAAUUUUUUAGCCAACUCAACCUGUGAAGAACUAUACCUAGAAUAUAUUUUUAUUUCUUGUUUUCUUGGAAUAUUCUCUCUUAUAUCCAGUUAUACAUGAAUGAGGAACAAUUUUAUUUUGGUUCACAUAGCCAUUGCUGAUACGCUGAAAUGCUGCCUCCUAGAACUUUACCCAAUGUGAUAGUUAAAUAUAAUUUUUAAAAAUCAUAUUGGUACAAAAAUUAAAACAAAUGAAAAAGUCCUUAAAUAUUUGAAAAGAAAGAUUUGGUUUGGUGUCUUCUUGUUAGUUUAUUUUGGCAUUUUUGGGGGGAAAAAGAUUAGAAGAGAUCAGAAAAAUUUUGACGUAUCUAAAUCUCUGAGGUUUCAAGCUGCUCUUCACUCCUCAUGGCCUGGAUUUUAUUUAUGUCCUCUCUCAAUGACUUGGAUCUUGUUCAUUUACUCAGCAAUUAUUAGGGGUACCUGCACUGACAUCUUAAAAAAGGAUUCAGAAGAAUACCAAGGUUAGAUCUCCCAACAGGGUGGCUAGAGGAAAUUCCUUUAUGUGAUAUUUAAGGAAACUGGAGAGGGAAUCAUGAAUGUCUACACUAAGAAUCUAAAUGUGGAACAAGAAGAGGGAGAAAAGGUGUUGGGGGUGAGGACUGGACACAUGGUCCAGGCUAAGGCUGUGGCACCACCUCACAGAGUGGGUACAGGUGCAGCAGAAUAUAUUGUGAGGAUGCUACAAAUGCUAACCAGGACCUAAGAGGGUCAUUUGGAAUGAGAAGUGCAUUCAUGAAGAAAAAACUCUUUUCAAAAAAACAUUUCCAGGCUUAAAAUUAUGUUCUUACACAAGUUAAACACAAUAGUCUUCAUUUCUUUACUUCUGUAGCUAUUAUCAAAGUCAGGUACUCAAAAUUCAGAACUUCACAUAAGAUUUUAUACUAACUUCACUUAGUAUGCAGUGGUGCCAAGAGCCAGUUUCUGGCAGGGGCUUGUGCAUAUGCCAGCCGCUACAUGGUCAUAUCAUAUGCAUCAUGCGGCCCUCCAAGGGCAGCGCAGAAAUAUGGACCCUGAUAGACUGGGUCCCACAGCCUCCAGGAAAGGCAACUCAAGCAUUCCACUCAAGUUAAUCAUACAACAGAGUCCGGAUUAUUAUCCUACUCUACAGAUUGUUUCAAGAAAGAGCCCAUUGUAACCGGCACUGCUGCUGGGGCACGAUGCCUCAUCUUUUCAAGUGUGCCUGUGUAACAGUUGCCUGUACAGAGAAGUCAAGAUGCAAAUGACAUGAGAAAUAAAUGCACAGCUUACCCCUCCACCUGCUCAUCCUCUUCUACAUGUAAAAUUUAAGGUAACGAGUUGGUUGAAAUGCUCCACAUCAUAUUUAUAAUUUUAUUACAAUUGUUUAUUUGUUUGUUUGUUUGUUUUGUAUGUAGGAGCACACUCAUGUCACCCCAUACAUGUGGAGGUGAGAGGACAAAUUUUAGGAGUAGGUUCUCUCCCUUCAUCAUGUGCAUCCCGAGAACUGAACUCAGGUCAUCAGACUUGGCUGCAAGCACCUUUUAUCAGCUGAGCCAUCUCACCAGCCCUCAAUCAUUUUUUUUUAAAAUCACUUGCAUAUGAUUCACUUUUACUUUUUCUUAAAAUCAUGGUGAAAUAUAAUAUAUGUGCAUAAUUUUUAAGUCUAGAAAUAACUCAUUUGAAUAUUAACAAAUUCAUUUUAUAGAGUUGAAGUGUUAGUCAUAAUAAUUGGUAUUCCGAAUAAAACAGCAACCCCAAUUAUUUUUUUUGUUGCUGUAAUAAAGGAAGUUAUGAGGAGGACAUGUUAACCUUUGAAUCUGAAAUAAGAAUUUGCCAGUGGUGUCAGUUCGAGUUAUAGAUAAGGUAUAGGGAGGCUAUCUUCCAGUAAUAUUUGAAAAGGUCCUUUGCUCACAGAAUUGGGGUAGACACUAAAGCCACCAACCAACUGGCCAGAGGAGAUGGAUGUCAACAAAGCCACCCCAAGGGAUGAUUUGAAUAAUGUCUGAAUCUACACAGUCAGUGAUUUGCAAUGUCUUGUAGUCAUCACUAUGACCUAGAGAAAUCUUUCAAAGUCCUGAGUGCCCUGACUGGAUAUCAGACAAGGAAGUCAGCAAUUUGUAAGUCCCUUAGUGAUCCCUUAUGCAGCUGAAUUUCAAAACUAGUAGCUAGACCACAGGCCAAACAUGUCAACCCAAUGAACACUUACAAAGUGAUUACACUAAGCAGAGAAAUCUUAAGGUCCCAAACAAAGAAUGAUGAUACUAUAUCUAUGAACCACCAUUUAGGGUGCUGAGGCAGGAUGAUGGCAAAUUUCUCAAAAUCAUUCUUGAUAACAUAGCCAGACCCUGUUACAAAAAAAAAUUAACACAACAAAAUAAUGGGGGUAUCCAUUAUUGUAAGUCAGAAAUUUAAAUCCCAAAGGGCAUAUCCAAAGGUAAAGAGUUAAUUCUAGCAGAGGCAAAUCCAGAGACAGUACAUUAUUUUUACCAUUAAAACCGGGAAACUUACAGACGGGGUAUCCCACGUGGCAGGAAGCCAACAAAGUCAUGGGAGCCAAGGGCAGGCAGUGUCCCUGGAUCUACAAACACAGUCCAGCUUCAGUGUUGAUCAGAAGAAGAGUGGAAAGUUGGGUAUGGGAACCCAUGAACAUGGGACCGAAGAUUUUAUAUUUAAUUCUGGGGACUCGAGAAUUCCUUAUCAAAAUUAUUAUUACCAGAGCCAAGACGUACUGAAUAAUAUCAAUUUAGGCUGACUGGGUGAUAAAAGACCUGGACCCAAGGACAUAAGUUAGCAGAAUAUUGUGUCACAGUGGAAAAAUGUAAUACUAUUGGCCAGAAAUAAGGAUGUGAUAGUGAGGAAGUGAAGGAGAAAAAAGGGAGAAAAAUGAAUGCAAUACUGUGAGGGAAAAGCUUCCACCCACAACAUAACAUAGACAUCAAAGGUUUAUUUCUGCUGUCCAAAGCACCAGAAUAUGGUUUCACACAAUUAAAAAUUAGCCUCUGUACUAAUUCAAAUUAAUAAAGUACCUUCAAAUGUCUGUUCAAAUCUGUGGUUUUGGUAGGGUAUAUUACUAUAGGAUCCAAUCAUUCAUAUUUUGCAUAAUAUCCUCACUGUAAUAUUCUAAUUUUAUUUUAAUAAUCAUAUUUCUGUGAUUUGAGCAUGCAAGUACCUUUCUAUUUACAGCUCUUAAAACAAAAUAUCAGCCUAAAAAUACAAAAACAAAAAAAUCAGGAAAUAAUUUAUCUACAUAGUGGUUGAUCUGAUCCUCUAACGUAUUUACACUAGGGGAAUAUGGUUUACAUUAUCAAAAUUCUUUAACUACAAUAAAUAAAAGAUGAGUCAAAAGAGGAAGAAGGAAAAUAUUAGAAAAAUAAGUAAGUAUAUCUGAUCUUUUAUAAGACUGAUAGACUCUCAGGAACAUGAUAUAUUCAUAUAUGCAUGUCUUGUAGCUAAGAAAUCUGUACCAUCUAGAUUUGUCUGUAAUGUUUACAAUUGUAACAAUUAUGUUAACUUGAUAAGCAAAUGAUUCUUAAAAUGUUGUGUUUCAGGGAGGUUAGCAUUGCAGGCUUAGCUAUAAGAUCAUUGGCUCUCCUGUGACCUGAGAUUUGGUCAUGAACCACCUCCUCUGGAAGAUUUGUGUAAAGUAUAUGUCUUAUUCCACCAUGUAGAUAUUGUUGUUUGCAACCAUCAGCACUGAUUAAUGCUAGAUACGUAUAUACAAAGUUGUUUUCACAACAUAUCCCUACACAAAGCAGUUGCAUAAUUCAAUGGAUGCCUCUAUUUACUGCAACUCUUUUCCUGUCAAUACCAGAAAUGUUAAACAGUCUUCACUUAUAAGUACAUGCUUUUCAACACAGCACUUCAUCAUCCGGGGUCAUUCAUACACUCCUUGCACGCUCCUCAGAGAGCAAGUGGAUAGAUGAGGACAGUGUGUGUAGGUGGCAGCUUAAGAACAUAAAUGCUUUGAGAUUUACUGGCACCUUGCCACACAGUGUGGUGGCUGCGGGUUGGUCAUCCGCCUACCUUUGUGCUGUACCCCUUGAGUCAUAGCUUUUACCAGGUUGCCAAAAUUACAUAAUUGUCCAUUAACUCAAUUACUUACCAGGCCUUGGACUCCAUGAAAAAUUUUAAAUACCAUUUAAAAUACCAUGUGCCAGGGUCUGAGAGUGAAUGCAGAGAGAAGAGUACAAAUGCCCAGCAAGGAUUGUAGAGGGGUGAGCUACUAAGAGAAGUAACUGUCUGCAGCUAGGAGAAGUGAUGCCAGUGACUCACAAGCUUGAGCAUGUGCCAUGCCGCUUGGCUAACCACUCGGACCUAAAUGCUUGACCUCACUAUCAGCUCUCAAAUUCAGGAAGUCUGGGAUAAGGCCUGAAAUUUUUUCAUGUCUAACAAGCUCCCAGUUGAUGCUGAGGUGACUGGCCUGUGGAACCUACAUUCACUUUUAUGUCAUAGAUGUAGACGUUUGAAAAGAGCAGUAGUUUAGCAAGGCAUGUUGCUGAUAAAUCUAAAAGACCACAUGGCCUACGUGCUCAAUGGAAGACAUUCCAGGCUGCAGAAAGGAGCCCACCUCACUUGAGACAGUACUUGCCGCAUCAAACUGAUGAUGAGAUUCAUCUGGGAAGCUGUUAAUAUCUCUGGGUGUAAGACUAAGGAAUCUGUGUAACAAAUCUGCCAAGAAGUUUUCUCCUAUUAGGAAUAAAAAUUACAUACUUUGAACUAAGGCCUAUAGCAUGAAAGAUGAUCAUUUCUACAGAAGUUCUAGUAUAAAGGGUUUAACUGGAAUGUAUAAGGUGUCAGAUAAUGCACAGGACCUGACUUAAACCUGAAAUUAGAUAACAAUGGAUACUCUCGAUACAGCAGAUCCCAUGCAAUGCUCUCUGUUGCUUAUAUGAAAUGCAUACUUAGCAAUGUAUCUGCUCUUUUAAUUUGCUGAAUCUGACAACUCUAAGGCCAUGGUGUGUGUCAAAUGGGCAGGAGGACCAGAAAGAAUAAAGAAGAAAGAACACUACUAGGCUAAAUAGAUCAAGUGUUAUUUUUCACAUGGUAUGGAAGAGACUGAACACACAGUAGCUUCUGUGUAAAGGUCUUUUGAUUGCAUAAAUCUUCCCAAGGUGCUGAAGUAUACAUAGCAAUGUUAUAUGAAGUUUGCAAAGGUCAAACAUUAUUGUAUCAUUUUUUAAUAAAAAGAAACCACCUCUCAAUUCAGUCCAGCUGACAGCCAAUGCUAACCAUCAUAGACUCCAGGUACACACUCCAGGCUUAAAUCAUACAAUAAAUCCCAGAGCAUUUGAAAAUCUUUCUGCCCCUGCUUAAUCAAGAACUGCUACCAGAAACUUAAGUGUCCUCAACGCUGGCAAAGGGCAGCUUCCCCCGAAGCACUCUGGCACCACACCAGAAACAUUCCAUUUCUCAAAUACGUUUGACCAUGGAGCAUCUUAACACUACCAUCCAUGCAUUUGGCAGACACUGAGUCAUGCCUUGUUAGAAAAGCGUGUCCUUGUUGCCAGAGUAUUGAUAAGUAUAUAUUCGAAAGCUGGGAAAGACGGUAUUCUCAGGUCAGGGUGAAAACCAGUUAUAUCCUAAAGAACACUGAUGUUUGUAGAUAACCACUUGCAGAAUAGACUACUUAAGGGAAAACAACUCAUUGGCUUGAGUAAUUGGAGAGUCUGGACCUCAACAAAGACAACUCAAAUCUGACUUCCCCUUUCAUUCCAGUAGAAGUUCAGGAUGAGGAAAGUAACUAAAUAGAAACCAUGUUGGACCAGACCAAAAGGGAUGUGAACAAAAGAUUACCAAGUAACCAACUAUGUGAAUGGAUAUUUUCAUAUUUCUGAAAAGUGUUAUAGUUUCAUUAUAAUAUGGUUGGGAAAUCUUUGUUUUAACACACUUGGAGCAAGUUAUUCCUUUGAGAACUUUAACAAAUAGAAAAAGAGAAUUGCCUACAAGAGAGAAUUGUGUGUGUUGAAGAUGGUUGUGACCAGUAAAUGAGUACUUUAUUUAAGCCUUCUAACAAAAGUGAUGUUUUAGUUCUUAGGUCAACAAAAGUCAAUGUGGACAUACCAAAACAAUAAAGAAUUGUAAAUUUUGUAUCAGGUAAUAUCAGAGCUCCCCUGCAAAUGUUCCAGGUAGUAUUCUGUUCAUUUGCUAUUGAGGCAUUACAACUAAAUACAGCUCUUGGUUGUUUUUAACACUGGGAGGUCACAGCCAAAGUUUAAGAAACAGAAAAACUAUUAAUUGGAAGAAACUGUUCAUCAGUUAGAAAUGAAGGAAAUCACCUAAGAUGAGGGAAUAGAAAAUGAAACAGGCUCCUGUAUCAUUCACUGGAUCAUUCAUCAAAAAAAUAUUUGCUAAGUAUCUGGAAUGUGCCACAAUAUCCCAAAUUCUAUGUGGUAGGCAAAACAAUAUUCAAAUAGUUCAGAGGGCUAAAUUAGAUCUUAGCAGAAGAUACAACAGUAAACCAUUUGCUUUAACUAAAUGAAACAUUUUCCAAAACCACCAUAUACCUGCUUUUAACCUAACCUAAAACCCACACAAACUUCCGAGUUAAUAUCUGUUUGCCAUAGUAAAUAGAAAUUACUAGUUUUUUUCUGUUUGUUGGAAGCAAGUAUCAACAAGGGCCAGAGGUACUUGAGCAAGAUGUUGAGGUUAAAGGCAAGGAUACCCUACCAACUAAUUAGUGUAUUAACAAUGCAAAAAUGAUAAGUCACAAAUCCACAUGUUUGAAAUUAAUAUGCUUAGCUAUAUCAGUUAAUAUGAAUACAAACAGUUUCUAAAACUUGCAACUUAUCUCAAAAGAAGAAAUACUAGCAAAUAGAAUAGUCCAGAAAGAAUUGAAACCCAAAUAAGGAGAUUGGCAGAUAAUGCUAUUGUGUGAUAACAACCUUGCAAAGAAUGUGAAAUGAAGUCCUCUUCUCAUCUGUUGCCACUUCUGAUUAGCAUGGCAGUAACCAGGGGAGGGUGGCUUAAAGAAACGAAACAAGGUGACGAACCUGUGAAAAUAGAACUCAUAGAGGAAUGGAGAAAAUAACCUCCUGGCUUUUUAACCUGGUGUUUGUCUAUUUGGCAUUCACUACUGGAGGGAUUAUGAGAUCUCUGCAGACAGGGGCUGAUGGGUGUCCACAGAAGUGAGGAGUGUAGAGGCACCGAGUGACAUGCUUUCUUCUUCAUUGAGUUUCACCAUGGAGAACAUCAACUUUGUGGGUUUUUGGGGGGAGGGGGGCUAUGCUUUGCUAAAGAACUGAUAGAGAUGUACAUAAAACUAAUUCAAAUCUAUAAUCUUAAGAUUUUGUCAUAGAAGAAGCAACUAAAUUUUGGGAACACAAUUUUAAUAUAAUUACCCACUUGGAUACACCUCAAGCAAAUUGUUUGAACCAUCUAGUGGAUGUUCAACUCUGUCAUUUGUCUGUUUGGAUAUAUUUAUAACCUGUACUUCACUAAUAGCCCUAGACCUGUGAGGUAACCAACAAUAUUCUGGGAAAUUGGAAAUAUAAGUUUAGAAAAAAGAGAUCAGAAAAUAAGGGAAAUAUUGAGAGAUUGGAUAGAAGUACUAAUAAAUAGAGAGUGUUGCAGGAAGGAUGAAGAAAUCUACAAACACAUGGCUAUAAUCUCUAAAUUAGGAUAAACAAUGAUAUAAACCAUGAAAUAUUAUCAGAAAAGAAUGUGUCUUGUCUAUUGAUUUCCAAGUUAAUGUAUGUUUUCAUGUCCAAAGUGCUCAAAAUUGCUCAUUUAUUUUUAAAUUGUGUUAUUCUUGACUUUUCUUAAUAGAUGAGUUUAUGCAUUUGUAUCAUAUGACUGCACUGAACUUGUAUUAAAUCAUGGUGGGGAUAAAGUACUCCAGGGUGUGGUCUCUACCAUUAAGUUGCUUGCAAUCUAUUAGAAGAUGCUCAUGGAGAAACUGGUCACAAGCAAUGAAACUCAAAAGGUGAUUCAUUUGUAUACUUGAGAACUAUGAGCCUUGAUACUAGAUUGUCGUUUUGUAAAGGAAAUGAACUUCGGAUACCUUGAAGAAGAUGUUGGAUCUACCCAGCACUCUGCAGACCUUAACUCUGAGUGAAAGACUCAUGAAGGAAGAGAGACAUCACUCAGUCUGCCCUCCACUUUCUCACUUCCUGUCUCACUUCAUUUUGGAUUCUCCUAAGUAUCAGAUAAAUACCCCUGAGAGAGGCUCUGCUUCCAGAGUGUCAAGAGUACAGGCAUGGGCAACCUCACAAUGAAUUUGAAAGCUCCCUUGACUGUGAAUUCCCUCCCAGUAAUAUUAGCUUAUAGCCAACCAUCCUUUAAAUAUUUCUAGGUAGCUUAAAUAUUAACAAAAGCCAUGAUCUCUUUUGGUAGCACAGGGAUUGUGUUCACAUCCUAGCUUGUCAAUAGAAAGAAAAAGAAAUACAUUUGAAUCAGGAAAAAGCUAGCACGCAUCCAUAAUAAUAAAACAUGGAUGAUUGCUAUCACAAGGAAGUAAAAGAUCCCACCCUAAGCCAUUUUCUUCUGGAAUUUUUGGGAUAUGCACACAAGCACACAAAGCCAGCCUGGCAUCUGCACGAGUAAAAUACAUCAUCCAAUGCUUAGAGCAUUGCUUUCUUCCCUCUAUGAAUAAUUUAUUAGCAUUGUACCUGCUGUUUCCAAGUGCACCGUAAUGGUUUAUUUAUUAGUCUUAAAAACAGAUGCUCAUAACAAGACACAGGUUCUGUAAGAUAGGUAACUAGUCCUCUAACGGUUGGAAGAGUUAAGGGGAAAGUGAUGGGUUUAAGUCCUCAGGUGUAAGGAUAAAUAGAUGUUUUCUAUACAAAUGGUACUGGUUUUGUUUUAUUCUCUCACAGAGAAAUUUCUCUUCUUGUAAGUUUUCUCUCAUGUCAACCCUGCCUCAUUUUCCUUCACAUUUGUCGUUUAAUUCUUUCCAGAGGAAUUCUGACUCAGACAGAAAAUAGAACAUAGUCAUGUUGUCCAUUCAGGAUCUCAUAGAUUUUGUGUCCUAUGACUCAGUUAAUAGAUUCUCUCCAAAAUAACAAAUGUUAUGUUGAGGAAGUAGCAUUGAGUUAUUUGCUUUUAAAUGCAAUAUUAAUUAUAAUGCAGUUUUCAGCAUGUGGAAAGUUCUGUGAAUCAAUGAUUGCAGGUAACAGUGUCUUGGGAUAUGUGAUAACUUUUAUUUCUACUGUUUUGUUUCUGCCUUGCUGUCUGCUGAAAUUGCUACUUACAUUUUUACCUGCUGGAAUUUUAAAGGCGAGGUGAUCUGAAUUCAUCUGCUAUUUCUGUCAUACACAUUGUGUGUCCUACAUAGGGAGUUGGCUUGUGGGGAGAGGUGAAUGUGGCAGGCCACAAUCAUUUUCUUCUUCCCUCUGCCCCUACAUCUAAAAUUGGGGGUGCCUGCUACCUAGCCAUGUUUCUGCCUGAGAGCCUCUCCUCUCCUAUAAACAUGAUGCUUUCCUCUGGCCUCUCCUUUGUAAUCAUUCCAGCCAACAGCUUCAAGGGAACAUACAGGAGACUAGGUGGGCAAUCAAUUAAAUCUAUCUGGAAACGAGCUGACCCUGAAACCCUCCCACUUACAAGCAAAACCAACUGGAAUGCAUUGAGAACUGUUUUGGAUGGAUUUGGGUCUGAGACAUGUGACUGUGUCCAUAAAUGUGCCGCCCCCAUUCCUCAAGGAACCAAUCCUGAAUGCACAUAACUGCGGGUGGAUCAAAAAGCUAUUAUAAAUGAAAUAAACUUUAGUGGCUUGUAAAGAAUGCUUAAUGGCAUCUAUUAGUGUGUUUAAUAUCUGUGUGUUCAGCAUAGAGCCAUCGUCAUUGUGUUAUUCGCUUUACAGCUUUGUCAUUACCGCCUCCCAGGUGAAAGUAAGGAACCGUUAACUCAUUCAGCACAUUGAACACUAGGAAACACUAUGGGUUAAGGUGGUAUGAAACUAAGCCAGCCUUGCAAGGCAAUACCGAAAAAAAAUCAGAAUGCAAUAAAGAAAUGUUGUUGUUACAGGUGA